AUGGCCCUCCGCGGGUCGCUCCGGCCGCGCAAAGUUCGCAGGAGGCGAGAGAUGCUGCCGCAGCAAGUUGGCUUCGUGUGCGCGGUGCUGGCCCUGGUGUGCUGUGCGUCCGGCCUCCUUGGCAGCUUGGGGCAUAAAACAGCUUCUGCUAGCCAACGGGUUCUGCCAGACACAUGGAGAAGUAGAAAGCUGAUGGCAUCCGUGAAUGGGACUCAGACAGCAAAGAAUUGCACAGAUCCUGCGAUUCACGAGUUCCCCACAGACCUGUUCUCCAACAAGGAGCGACAACACGGAGCCGUCCUGCUGCAUAUCCUCGGUGCUCUGUACAUGUUCUAUGCCUUGGCCAUAGUCUGUGAUGACUUUUUUGUUCCGUCUCUGGAGAAGAUCUGUGAGAAGCUCCAUCUGAGUGAAGAUGUGGCGGGAGCCACUUUCAUGGCCGCAGGAAGCUCGACGCCCGAGCUGUUUGCCUCUGUUAUUGGUGUGUUCAUCACCCAUGGAGACGUAGGCGUGGGGACCAUCGUGGGCUCUGCGGUGUUCAACAUCCUGUGUAUAAUCGGCGUUUGUGGAUUAUUCGCGGGGCAGGUGGUCCGUCUGACGUGGUGGGCUGUGUGCCGAGACUCCGUGUACUACACCCUCUCUGUCAUAGUGCUCAUUGCGUUCAUAUAUGAUGAAGAAAUUGUGUGGUGGGAAGGCCUGGUUCUCAUCAUCUUGUACGCGUUUUACAUUCUGAUCAUGAAGUACAAUGUGAAGAUGCAGGCCUUUUUCACCAUCAAACAAAAGACCAUUGCCAAUGGCAAUACCGUCAACAGUGAGCUGGAGGAUGGUAAUGAUUACUGUGAUAGUAGCUCUGACGACCCCUCCGUGCCGUUGCUGGGGCGAGUGAAGGAGGAGCCUCAGUACAGCAAAAACCCAGUGGUGAUGGUGGACGAGGUCAUGAGCUCCAGUCCUCCCAAGUUCAGCUUCCCGGAGGCGGGCUUACGCAUCAUGAUCACCAACAAAUUUGGGCCCAGGACCCGACUGCGGAUGGCCAGCAGGAUCAUAAUUAAUGAGCGGCAGAGACUGAUCAACUCAGCGAACGGUGCCAACAGCAAGCCACUUCAGAACGGGAGACACGAAAACAUUGAGAAUGGGAAUGUUCCCGUGGAAAACCCCAGCGACCCACCACGGGAACAGGAGCCGCAGCCCCCACCACCGCCGCCUCCUCCAGAGCCGGAGCCAAUUGAGUCUGCCUUCCUGUCCCCCUUCUCCAUGCCCGAGGCAAGAGGGGACAAGGCCAAGUGGGUAUUUACCUGGCCACUCAUCUUCCUCCUGUGCGUCACCAUCCCUAACUGCAGCAAGCCCCGCUGGGAGAAGUACUUCAUGGUUACCUUCAUCACGGCCACGUUGUGGAUCGCUGUCUUCUCCUACCUGAUGGUGUGGUUGGUGACUAUUAUUGGAUACACGCUUGGGAUCCCAGAUGUCAUCAUGGGCAUUACUUUCCUGGCAGCGGGCACGAGUGUUCCAGACUGCAUGGCCAGCUUAAUUGUGGCAAGACAAGGCCUUGGUGACAUGGCAGUCUCAAACACCAUAGGAAGCAACGUGUUUGACAUCCUAGUGGGACUCGGCAUACCGUGGGGCCUGCAGACCAUGGUCAUUAACUAUGGGUCCACGGUGAAGAUCAACAGCCGGGGUCUGGUCUAUUCCGUCGUGCUGUUGCUGGGCUCUGUCGCUCUCACAGUCCUCGGCAUCCACCUCAACAAGUGGAGACUGGACCGGAAGCUGGGCAUCUGCGUGCUGGCCCUCUAUGCCGUCUUCUUGUGCUUCUCCAUAAUGAUAGAAUUCAACGUCUUCACCUUUGUCAACUUGCCCAUGUGCCGAGAAGACGAUUAAAGGCACUGCCCCCCCAUCCCCUGCCCCGGGAGCUGUUCUGGACUCUGGCACCGGUGUCCCUGCUCUCUCCCUGUCCCCCACCGCGAACCUCUCCUGCCUCGGUGGUCGCUGUCUGUUCUGCCACAUGCUGGAAGGAAGAGCCGUCGUGGUCUUUGUCCGGGCGCGAGCAAGGCCACUGGGUGUCCUUCUCCUCCUCCUCGGAGUUCUGCCCUCCACACACGAGGCAAGAUCCAGGGGGCACCGUCCGGGCCACCUGGCAGACCCCUGAGCGGGCAGCCACAGGGAUGUGGCGUGUGCCUUGCCUCUCUCAGACACUUCAGUGAGGACUUCUGUAUGCAAUGUGUCUUCCUGUCGCCAGGUGGCCUCAGAAGUGAGGCGGCUGGGAGAACAUGAGGUCCCUGGGGGCCAGUGCAAAACAGGAAUGUCACUCUCCAGUGUCACCUCUGGGCCAGAGGGAGUGAGUCCCUCCGGCCUCAUAUGCUCCUCAGGCCCUCUGACCUCGGCUGGAAACACUCACAGUUUGAGGGGACAGGGCCUUACCCUGCUGAGGGUUUUGGGGGGCCCCUAAGGACAAACAUUCUGCCCCUUUCUCUGGAAAACUCGGAAGCAUGGAAAGAGCGUCUCACAGCCAGAAGGAGGAAACACGCGUGAAUUUUUCUUAUCACUUGUAUUGAGGUGUUCAGAGAUUGAGCAACGAAAUAUUAAAAAUAAAAUGUCCUAUAGAUCAUCAUACUUGAAAAAAAAAAUCGCAUUCCAUACAAAAAGGUCAUGCUGGGGACCAAAAAGGUAACCGUUCAUGGAAAACGAACCCUAUGUGUACCGUGUUGCACUGACACUGAGACGUUUGGUUUGGAAUGUAGAAAAGCAUGAAAGACUCACAUCGAUCUGGGUGCUAAUUCAGAGACACAGCAGAGAUGCUUGCCUGGACCCAUACAUUCCAGACCUUCCGUGUGAUGCGGCGCGACGUCCAGGUGGGGUUGUCGUUCCUUUGUUAAAUGCUCUCCUCUCAUAAGCUACCCUGUUGCAAGACUCAAUUGUCUCUGUGCCCAGCAAAUUUCGUAGCCUGCUGAGCUGGAACGAGCAUGCCACACGUAAUAGGUAAGAGCAAGAAGAGAGAUUGCCUAAAACACAAAGAAUCGCUCUCAGUUCCCGGAGGCAAGUAUGAAAACCAUAACUUGGCAUUUUUUCGGGCUCGGUUUCUUGAGCCUUAGAGUUGGCUGCCUGUGAAGGGCCAAGGAUGGGAGGCAGAAUCACGAAGAGAUAGAAAAAAUAUUAAACAGUUUUCACCUGCUUCGUAGCUCUCAGAUCUAUAUUAAAAAGAUUUAUGAACACAAACCAUUCGUGGUUUCUGAAAAGAAAGCACAAUUCAUUUUAUAUAGAGGGGUUUUUUUCUUAUUUUUUUAAUAUUUCUAUUGCAAAAGUCUAUCAGAGUUGAUGCACUUUUAAUAACUGGGGUAUUUUGCACAAUGUUUGGGAACUGCCCCGGACAGGGUGAGGAAAGAAGGUUUUUAGCGACUCACCAAGGAUCAGUCAUGGGUGAUGAGCUGAAAAUGCAAUAGCUAAUUCCUUCCUGAAACCCAAAGGUUGUGACCUGAGAUGGAAUUUAUUGCUGCGCCUGCUAAGGCCUCCUGAAUUUCAGAAGGAGGAGGUGCUCACGGCUUCUUUCAGUGAGCACAGCCUAAGACAGGAGGGAACUCGGUCACCAGGCUUCUGUUCUGGAUCCUAUCAGUGUUAGUAGCUACACCAUACUAAAGCUCCUCUAUUGUUUCUCUACCUAGAUCGGGCUCAGUGGUCUUCAAGUUGAGGCUGAAGGUGAUUUUCCUAAGAAAUUAGCUCAGUGGGAGGCCAGGGAGUCAGUGGGAUCAUUGGUAUAAACUGGACGUGGCCGGAACUGCCGUUUGUUGUAAGGAGGGAUGAUUCUCCCCGCUUCACAGAGAAUGCAGACUUGGGAGAGAUCACAUGACUCUAGGCCAGUUCUCAGUAAGUAGCAGACCAGGAGCCAAGCUCCCAGGCAUCACCCCUCCCUGGGCAGCCAGUGGGUUGGCCAUCCUUGGCGGGGGGCAGGUAGAGACAUAGCCUUGCCCUUGUGCUCAGUUCUCAUUGUUUAAGUUAAAACUUCAGCAAAUAUUUAAUUGACUCCUGGUGGCCCAGCAUAGAUCCUAAUAGCUGUCCCUGUUUUUUUUCCUGAUAAAGACGAAAAGAUAUUUUUAACUACAAGGCACAGGCCACGUGGACCCUGAUGAUGUCCGUGCUGGUGUUCACGUCUCUGAAUCCUUGUGUGGCUUUCAGAAAAGCAUCCUAAUUACCUGCCUCUUCCUUCAGUAGGGUCCCUUUGAGAUGACACAGUAGCCUACAGUUGCAGUUUGAGAGUUUAAAAAAAAAAUAUAUAUAUAUAUAUAUAGUGUUUCUAGGACCUAGAGCACUCCUGCUGGCGAAAUUCUCUUUUGACUCUAAUGUGCCAAUGUAACUUCCUUAAAGGAUCUAUGUAUUUAUUGUAUCUAGGAAACUAUAUAUACACUGUAGAUGAAUAAUUCUCUUUUUUAACUAAAUAUUUUUCCAUCACAAGUUUAAAGGAUUGCUUAAUUAAUUAGGCCUUCAUUUUCAAAUGAUAGUUUUAUCACUACGCAGGAUUAUAUCCUUUAUUUUAUUCCCGAAGCUAAUUAGCAUGAGGUAAUGACUCUGCUUCAAAAAAAAAAAUAAAAUAAAAAAGGCAAUUAAAAAAAUAAAUUUAGCUCUUCUCCUUGGGAGCAGAAAAGAAAAAAUGAACCAUGGUACUGAGAUGGAAAAUGCAUGUAGAAUCAGUAGCAGGUAGUUCCUGCCCUUUUCUAGUCUGGAAUUUGCCCUUACCAGCUCGAGUAGGGACAGGGUUGUUAGGGGUGCAGUGUCUAAAAGCCUGGCCCUGGAGGAAGGUUCUGGGUCAGCUGGUGGGAAGACUCAUGGUGAAGGGCACGGCGAGCAGAGCAGGGCAGAGUCAUUAUCCUUCCCAGAACCUGCUCGUCUGCUAGUCUCUGAAUCUCACCCAUGGGCACAGACCCCGCUGCUCAUUGUCUGCGCCCCACACACAUCUGUUAGGGCUACGUCUUUCUUCUUCCUGGCAAUCCCCUGCUUUUACAGACCCAAGCAGUUGAGAAGGCAGAACCCCCCCCCCCCCGAGCCAGGUUAAACCAGGUGGCCAGCAUGCACGUCACUCUAGGGCAAUCCUGCAGACCCCAACCAGAGACCCCCUCCUGGACUGCCCAGCAGUCUAGGUCCCCAAGAAAGAAACUGACCCUCCUCUUCCCUUUUGAUGAGGAUUGCAAGCCUGACCACAUCAGCUGGAGCCUAGCCCUCAGGGAAUGCCGGACUCCAUACACGGGCUGGGAAUCUGGGAAGAGUGAGGGCAGCUGCUUGCCUGCUGCCCUUCCGUCCUCCUAGCAUUUCUCCUGCCAGAGUCCUAGGGCCCCGCCCUCUCCUUAAGGUGGGGGUAGACAGAGGUGAGAUGGGUGAGAUGGCCUGGGGAAGGGUCAGUUCUGUACCCCUCCCCCCCGUACAGAGGUGGGAAGUGAAGGAGAGCCCCAGCCCCAGUGGCUGAAGCUGCUUCCAUGCCUUGCCCUCCUUCCCUGGCAUGAGAUGGGCCAGUGGGGUUCAGGCACGGGAACAGUGCAAGUGCUGCCUGCCAUGCGUGGAGACUUUCUCCUGUGGGUCAGCAGGACAGAAGCAGAGACCCCACAGCUGGGGCUAGUGCUCCU